GAACUGGUUGAUCUGUACUGACGUAGACUCUGCAUAGCAACUACAUUGCAUCAGGAGGUUGCAAUGAGUGGAGGAGGGGAGCAGCCAGACAUCCUCAGUGUGGGAACUUUAGUCAAAGAAAGAUGGAAAGUGGACAAGCCUGUGGUUUGCUUCCCAGUGGUUAGAAAUCUCCCCACUUGCCAUCCAGGACCUACAGGUUGAAUACAGAUGGAGAGGGCUACAAGAUGUAGCCUGGAAAAGAGAAGUGAAAUUAUGAACACAACCUAUUUCAUGCUUUUCCAGCUUCCUUUCUUCAUGUUGAGGAAGAUAGGAGGUGGGGGGUUUGGAGAAAUUUACGAUGCUCUGGACUUGCUCACCCGAGAAAAUGUUGCGCUGAAGGUGGAGUCAGCACAACAACCAAAGCAAGUUCUGAAAAUGGAAGUGGCUGUAUUAAAGAAACUGCAAGGGAAAGACCAUGUCUGUAGAUUCAUUGGGUGUGGAAGGAACGAUAGGUUUAACUAUGUGGUCAUGCAGUUACAGGGCCGGAACUUGGCAGAUCUGCGUCGAAGUCAGUCUCGAGGAACCUUUACCGUCAGUACCACUUUGCGACUGGGACGACAAAUUUUGGAGUCCAUUGAGAGCAUUCACUCAGUGGGAUUCUUGCACAGGGACAUUAAACCAUCGAACUUCGCCAUGGGGCGUUUCCCAAGCACCUGUAGGAAGUGUUACAUGUUGGAUUUUGGCUUGGCACGACAAUUUACAAAUUCAUGUGGGGAUGUCAGACCACCACGAGCUGUUGCUGGUUUUCGAGGAACAGUACGGUAUGCGUCAAUCAAUGCCCACAGAAACAGGGAAAUGGGGCGACAUGAUGACCUCUGGUCUCUGUUCUACAUGUUGGUGGAGUUUGUGGUUGGACAACUGCCUUGGAGGAAAAUAAAAGACAAGGAGCAAGUGGGCUCUAUUAAAGAGAGGUAUGAGCAUCGGCUCAUGUUGAAACAUCUGCCUCAAGAAUUCAACAUCUUUCUAGAUCAUAUCUCCAAUUUAGAUUACUUCACAAAGCCUGAUUACCAGCUUCUCAUGUCUGUGUUUGACAAUAGCAUGAAAACCUUUGGGGUUAUUGAAAGUGACCCUUUUGAUUGGGAGAAGAGUGGGACUGAUGGUUCUUUGACAACAACAACAACUUCAACUACGCCUCAGUUACAUACUCGUCUGACUCCGGCUGCAAUUGGAAUUGCCAAUGCCACGCCUAUCCCAGGAGACCUGCUGCGAGAGAAUACAGAUGAGGUGUUUCCUGAUGAGCAGCUCAGUGAUGGAGAGAAUGGUAUCCCUGUUGGAGUUUCACCUGAAAAGCUACCUGGCUCACCUGGACAUCAACGUCUUCAGGAAAAAGAUGUCUGGGAGGAGAUGGAUGCCAACAGAAACAAGAUAAAGCUGGGCAUCUGUAAGGCUGCUACCGAGGAGGAAAAUAGCCAUGGGCCAGUGAAUGGAAUUCUUAAUGCACCAAGCCUCGGCUCUCCAAUUCGAGUCCGUUCAGAGACCACGCAACUAGAUAGGGAUGUCCCAUUGGUACGAAAAUUACGUUCAAUCCACAGCUUUGAACUGGAGAAGCGCCUGACCUUGGAGUCAAAGCCAGACGCUGAUAAAUUUCUUGAGACCUGCUUGGAGAAGAUGCAGAAAGACUCAAAUGUUGGGAAAGAAACUGCUGUUGCUGCUCCUUCUCCUCUUCCUCAGAAAAUGCAUGUUCCUGCUGUGACUGUCCGCACUGACCACAUCUGGCAUUAUGAUGAAGAAUACCUCCCUGAUGCUUCUAAGCCUGCCUCAGCCAGUUCUCCAGAACAGGUCGAUGGUGUUGUUAGCAAUGGAUUUGUAGCUGUCAAUCUGAGCUCCUGCCGGCAGGAGGUUGAUUCCAAGGAGUGGGUGAUAGUAGAUAAGGAACGGGACCUGCAGGAUUUCAGGACCAAUGGGGCUUUAGUGCAUAAAACAACUGGAAGUCCCUCAGAUGAAGAGCCUGAGGUGCUACAAGUCCUAGAGGAGUCCCCCCAAGAGGAGCAUGUCAGACAAGGUACUUGGGCAGGAAACAACAUCCAUACCAAGAAUGAACCCUUGGGAGUGGAGCUUGGCCUAGCUGUUGAGUGUCAUGCUGUUGCUGCUUCUGAACAGCUUACAGAUAAACUAGAACUUCUGUGUGGAGCUGGUGGUCAGUUUCUUGCAGCCACACCUACAAGUCCAAUGGAGGCUCAGGCAGAAGGAGCACUCACUCCGCUCAACUCAUCUCAUAUGCUGCAUUUCUCUACUCCAAGAAUUUCAAGUCCCAUCUUCCGCACCCUGAGCCCUAUAGCACUUCUGUCUACCCACUUGGACUCUAAGAAAGAGACUGGGUUACCCAGGAGUCAAACAGCAGAGGGUCAGUCUUCCUCUUCCUGCUCAGCUGGCCGUAGGCAACUUCCUGUCAUUCCCAGUGGCAACAAGUUUCCCCCUGUCAUUCGCAUCUCAAAAGCACAACUCCAGCAGAUAACCAUACUCAGGCCUUCAGUGGCAUCCACCCAGUCUGCUUCUGAGAGCUUUCAUUAUGGCCACCAGCUAGAGAAGAGAGACUGGGACAGUCAGCCUAUGGAAAACACUGUGGAACUUUCUUCUCCUAAGGAGAAUUUUCUUGGAUUGAUAGUGACAGACAGUGCACUUCCAAAUAGUGCCAGCAGACCAGAUUUGGUGCUUCAGUUGGAUCAUAUCAGCCAGGAGGGGCUUGGGAGAGAAGAACAUGUCAAAGAAUGUGUCAAAUUAAUAGAGUAUGGCCAAAAGGAUGUAUUUGAACAAAAUAGCAGGAGGCACAAAGAGGAAGACCCUGAACAUCUCCCUGUAAAAUCUGAAGAAGAAAGGCUUCCCAUCAUUUCUGAGGAUGCCAUUGAAAUACUAAGCAAAGGGCAGAAUUCUCCUCCACUAGCAAACUCAAAAUCUGCAGAGGAGGAACCUCCAGCCACUGUUGAAUCUGCUGAAGAAUCAAAGCCGAGGACUUCUUGCUUGGUGCCAAAUCAAGACGCAGACCUUGAAGUUCUGAAAUCAACAGGAGCUGAAAGGACAGAUGUUGUUCCAUCAAGAGUUAUUGACCCAUUUGCUGAGAGAGAAGGAAAACAAAUAGUAGCAGUGCAGGAAAAUGGUUUCCAUGAUAAUGAGGAAAAUGAUCGUGCUGAAGACUUGAAAUGCCACCAAGUGGCACUUACUACUUUUUUGCAUCAGGAGGGCAAAAGAGAGAAAAAUGCCCCAAGAAAUGGAGAAUUGUUUCAUUGCAUUUCAGAGAAUGAGAGUUCUCAUCAGUCCAAGAAAGACAUAGUUAGAUCACCCUUUGUGUUCAGGCAGAGUCGCAUACCGGUUUUAGCACAAGAGAUAGACAUGACAUCAGAAUCCACUUCUCCUGUGUCAGCAAAGGAAAAACUUCUCUUAAAGAAGGCACAUCAGACAGACUUGGUCAGGCUACUUGUGGAAAAGAGGCAGCUUAAAUCCUUCCUUGGUGACCUUUCAAGUGCCUCUGAUAAGUCACUGGAGGAAAAAGUGUCUGCUGCUCCUGUACCAUUUUCUGAGGAUGAAGUCUUAUCCUCUUUUUCCAGACUGACACUGGACUCACAUUUGGGCAAGCAAGGUGAGGAUGGCUCUUUGUCACCCAGUAGCCCUCAGUCCAGAAAAAGCAAGAUUCCAAGGCCAGUGUCUUGGGCUACUACUGAUCAAGUCACCAGUUCAAGCUCAGCUCAGUUCUUUCCUCGGCCACCACCAGGAAGACCACCACCAAGACCUGGAGUAGAAGCCAGGUUACGCAGGUACAGAGUCAUUGGGAGUAGCAGCUCGGACUCGGACCUUAUCUCUCGUCUGGCUCAAAUCCUUCAGAAUGGAUCUCAAAGACCAAGGAGUUCCACCCAGUGUAAGAGUCCAGGAUCUCCACAUAGCCCCAAAACACCACCCAAAAGCCCUGUCAUCACCCGACGCAGCCCUAGUGCCUCCCCUAGGAGCUCUUCUUUACCCCGUACUGCCAGUUCUUCACCAUCCCGGGCUGGGAGGCCUCACCAUGACCAGAGGAGUUCAUCCCCACACCUUGGAAGGAGUAAAUCACCUCCUAGCCAUUCAGGCUCCUCAUCUUCUAGGAGAUCCUGCCAACAAGAUCACUGCUGCAGUAAACCAAGCAAGAAUGGUCUGAAAGGAUCUAGCAGUUCUUACCACCACUCCCCAAACACUAAAACCCCAACAGGGAAGAGCAAAUCCACCAGUAAACUUAGCAGAUAGGAACUGGGCCUUGACAGGUGUAAAAGCCUCCUUCUAAAUCUGAUGCAUGUUAUGUCUGUGUACUGUGUAUUUAAAAAAAUGAAAAAAAUCAGUGUUGAAUCCUCGCUUUCAAAAGAAAGUUACCAUAUAAUAAAUUCCUUAUGACAAGACAUACUGUAUAAAUGAGUGGCCAGGCAUUGCCUAAAAACAGGCAGCAAGCAGAUCGGGGGGUGGGUUAGGGAGGGGGGAAGAGGACAGAGAAGGAAUGUCAGGACAGUCUAAGAUACGUGAAACUUUUAAAGUUAAAAAUAUCUCCAACGUGAGUGUUUUAAAACAUUUUUUUUAAAAUUAUUUAUUUUUAUUUUGCUUAGCUAGGAGAGUUGGCCUAAUUAUUUAAGGCCUGUCUCAAAAGAAUAUGUAACAGAACCUGAAACAUGAGUUUUUAUUUCUGCAUUGACACCACCACCUCUAAGACAGCGACUGCUCAGGCCUGUAUUUGUAGAAUUUUAAAUAAGCACGUUAUUUGGACAGCUGAUAUUUCUGAUUUGCAUAUCUUUUCAGUGUUAGGCUGUGCACGUCUUUUUCCAAGUCAACUCAGUGCCCCUCCCGUUCUCCCUCUCCCGUGGCACAUAUUUCCCUACCUAAAAAAAUAACAAAUGUUACCCCUUCUUUUACACUGAUGACAUUUUAAAAAUGAAUUUUAGACUUCCCAGAAGAGUUUUUAUAGCAAUAUUUUGCAGGGCAUUAAGAACUUUAUCUUAAAUUGUACUAACUUUGCCUUCCAGCACCAUAUGCUCCCUCCUGGCGUGCAUCCUGGAAGCAGUAAUUCCAGUGAGAUCUGGAUGAAGGAAGGAAAAGUCUGCACCCCAGAGGAUGGUUGCAGAUUUAUUAUAUUGUGCAGUAUAUGUUAGGUCAGGUGUGUGGUAACUGUUUACAUGCUUAUUUGCAUACAAGAGAGUGCUCUCUUUCACAUUAGUAACGGUACACUUAAGCCAUUUGGCAUUAUUCACAAUGUCACUCUCGACAUCAAACUCAGAAUAACAAUGUUGAGGAGGAAUUGAGACAAUUACAAACUCUGAUUAACAUUUUACCUUAUAAUUCUAGUUCAUAAAGAUGAAAUGUAAGUUGUUUUUAGGGCUAAAAGGCAAGUGCAGGAUCUGUAAACUUUGGGGGCUUAUAGUUGAGCAAAUAGGCCUUCACUUCUGCCUCUUACAGGGUCUACAUGAGAAUGUUUGGCAUCAAAACCAUAAAGAAAACAAAUCUUAGACAACUUCCUUGGUGUCAUUCUUGUCUUCCUCUUGCCCAUAUGUCUCUUUGAGAAGCUUUGCGUCAUUGUCUGUGGAAUAAAGUCCAUGGUGUUUAAUUGUCCCAAACAAACUUUAUUUAAUAUCUCUUAAUAAUCACUCAUGCUGUAGAGGAUCAUUGUAGGAUACUUAGAGGUACAGCAGCUUUUAAUACAUUCAGAAAUGGAAUAGUAGGUCAGAAUAGUAAAACUCAGAGGUGUAAGCAUAAAAAAGAUGCAACCAGCAUCCCUAAUACUAUGCAUCUCAGGGAUGUUGGAUGUGUGGGAACCUUGUUAGUUACUGAUCUGCUUGCUGUAGUCAUAUGCCUCUUCAGCCAGCAUCUGUGCUUUUUAUUUAACCUCUGUUUGCUGCCAAACUAAUACCUUUGGAUUCAAAAGGGAGUAUUCCUUCUCUGAGCUAACACGUCUCUAAUGCUGCAUCAAAGCUGUCCUGGAGCUGCACUGAAUUUCACUUGUUCUGUCUGACUGUGUUGGAAUUUUUUUAUUAACAUGUAUAUUGUUUCCCGUAAGUAAUGUAGCACAGUGUGGAACCUUAAUUUCAUUCAGGUUUCAAGCACUAUAGAGGAAUGCAAUAGGUAGGGUAUACCUGCUUUUUUUGAAGAAACUGUACCAUUGGAAAGGCCUAUUUCUUUGUAUUAUAUUGUAUAAUAGGUGCUAUACUAAUAAUUGCAUGUCCUCAUGGUAAAUUAUAUAAUAUAAAUAUUUAUAAAUAUAUACAUAUGCUUAUAUAAACUUGCUUACUCUUUCUCAUUCUUCAUUUGUAAUUUAUGGACCAUAACUGAUGCAGUUCUGAUUCUGUUGUGUGCCUGAAUCUCUUGACAUUGCAUCUCCCGUUUCCUGAAAACAGUUGUCUGGCAUGCACAAAGUCUAACAGCCAUCACGCCUCAGUAUGGGAUUGAAGGGUUGGUGAUUUCUCAGCAAGCCAGUGUUUUGCCUUGCAGCAUUUUCUUUUUAUUUAUAGUUUUGUGUGUGUGUCUGUAUGUGAAACAGGAACAGCAACUCAAAGGUACUGUAUCUUUGAUUCCAAGAUAGGAUUUGUGAUUACUGGUUUUUAUUUUACCAUGUGAGUUUUUCAUCUCCAAUAUUGCUUAUGACACAGGAGCAGUGCUAAUUAAUGAAUAUCUAACAGAUAAAAAUGACAAAAAAAAAUCAAUCCCUUUAUGAUUUCCUAACUUAUUUAUUUCUGGUACACAGUAAAAAGAGUUAUAUCCCAAAAUACAUAUCUUUCCCCAGGGCUUGCAUAUACUGGUUCCUAAUGCAGCUCAUGUUUUUCCCCAUUUUUUCUGAAGAGCAUUCACUGUGGUCUUUAAGAUCUCUUUCUUUCACUGAGGUUAUUUUUGCCAUGGACUUUAGUGGGGGCAGUCCAGGGGGGCAGUCCAGCCUUCCCCUGUAUGGAAAUUAAAGUGUUUCAGGAUCCUGACAUAGUGGUGUCCAGAAACAGGCAAUCACCAUUAUUGUAGGAAUAACUUGUUUUAGCAGUGAGGAGAAACAUAAUAUAAACAUAAUAUCUAAAGAAGCUUUCCUACCCUCUUCUCGAAACUAAAGAUACCAUUGCUGCACAUUAUUCCCAAAACCCCAGAAAACGUAGGUGUUGUCAAAAUACAUUAGUACACUUGCACUUCCUGCCAAUGACAAGAGUGGAAGUAGGUCAGACUGGGGAUAAAAGUUAAAACCAGUAAUGAUACUCAUGGUUAUUUCAGUACAAGGCAUGGAAAAGAAUAACAUAUUACCUGGUAGUGGCAUGCUACAGAUUUGAGUUACCAACACUGAUUCAGUAGCUGGUUAGAAAGCCAUUGGAUUGGCUAGGUGGCAAGAUUCUGAAGUCUUCCUCUGACUUCUGAUUGUUCCAUUGAAUCAACCCAGAGACCGGCUGCUAUGCAGUUGCUGGCAGCUACUAAUUUUUCAACUGCUUUCAGACCAGUAUUCAAUUCAAUAAAUUAAGGAAAUCACCAGCAAAGCUUUGAGAUAAGUGCUGAACUUUGGAAUCUGUGAAGUGAUGGCUGCUUAUUGAAAAUCUCUGGGCAAUAGCACAUACCAUGAAAAUCUGUACAGUAACUAAAAAUAAAAUGUUAAUUGAAUAUGAUAAAAAUAUUUACUUAAGGAUAAAAUCUAUGGUGUAACUCAUUUAGGUGGAAACUGUUCCCAUAUGGUAUUUGUUACCACUGUGGCAAGUGUUGAGAGUCCUCCAGACUUUUUUCCUCUUCACUCAUGUCCCCCUCCCAACCACAUCCUCUCCCACCCCCCAGGAAAAUUUUAUAUAAGCCAUUAUUUUUCUUUUUUUAAUUUUGCUCAGGCAUCCAGGAACACAAGGUAUCGGCAGAAGAGCUAUUGCCCUUGUAAUGGUCAUUUGUACAUAAAGGUAUAAUUAUUUAUUUUUUUCCAUUUGUACCAUAUCAAGGCUUUGUACAAUGUUUUAAGUUCUGUUUUGAAAUUAUUUUGUAUUUUAUUUUUAUAAACUGGUUCUAAAUAAAAUAUUCAUUCAGCAUGCAAAACUUCAAUCCUUGAUUACUUUUCCUGUUAUAAAUGGAGAGCUGUACUAGUUGUGGUAUACUCCCCCCACUUACACAGAAAGAUGAAAAUGAGACAUUGCUGGUACUACAACAAGCAAAAGUGAGAGGUCUGUAUUACAAACUAGAGUGACUGGAUCAAAUGGCUCAUACUGAUUCAGCAGUCUGAUACUUUUAAGUUACAGUAGUAAGAGACACUUUGCUCUCAUCCCUGCCCUGUUUCCUCUUUCCAACAGCAGCUGAGCCUUUAGACUCUUGAGCAAUUUGCAGUACUGGGAUGUGCAGUAUUACCAAGCCACUGAUUAGAACAAUCUUAGGUUUGUUACCCCUCCUUCUACAAACUUGUUUGGCGAGAUGGGUACAGGUUGGCCACCAUCAGCAUUAGUGGUUGUUUUCCAGUAACAUGCAUGCGUUUCUCUCUAAUUGUUUGAAAGUACUGCUCUGUUCAUUGAAAAUCUUACAAUUGCAAUGUAAGUCCGUAAGAGGAGAGAGAAAUUCCAUCAAUUCUGUUGCAGCUUUAUUACUAUCUAGGUAUGCAGUACUAAUGCCAGGCUAGAUGAGGCAAAUCAAGUGUCUAAUCCUGCUUCCAUUAAUGGGAGCACUGCCAGUGAAUUCAAUUUCCUGUAGCUGGGACAGGUUUCACCCAUUUUUAAUGUAAACAGAUUAAGUAAUUUCCCACAACAAAAAACAUAAAUCAAGAAUUCAUUUAGUCAGUAACACUCCCAUAAAACUAUAUUUGGUCUUGGUUUAAAAGCAGGAAGGAAUUUAACAUGCUUCAGGAGGAAGGCUACAUCUAUUACAGGCCAAGAUAAAUCAGUAGAUCAGAUGGGUGUGGAAGGGAGCAGCAGCUUUGAUGUAUGACAAUGGAGAUCAAAAUACUAGAACUGGAUAGCUCAGUGAGCUAAUUUAUAGCCCCUUCACUGCUUAACUUGGGUUAAUUUGAACUUGAUCACAAGGAAAAGAUUUUGGUUCCAACCCUGGCCCUUGAUAAAUGUUAACUAAAUGGCACACUUGCUAGCCUAUGCUUAAAAGAGAUCCAGCAAUGGAAUAAGGAAGCUGCAACAGGUAAAGGUUGAGGUGAGCAGUUGCUAGCCUGUUUUGUUCAUAAUCUUCAAUACCAAGGAGGCCCUUGUCCACCCAUUCUAUUCACUGGGCUUCAGGGGUUGCAGCACUUGAUUCAGGAGCAUUAACUACUUCUCAGUUAAAAAUCCAAUUGUCCAUAGCAUAGACUCGCACUUCAAUAUGAGAAAAGCAUGAUGUACGUUCAGGAUAGGCUCUCCCCAGAAACAGUGCAAAGAGAGCAAGUUCAGAAAUUAAACGGUUGGAGAAAUGGCCUCAAAAGAAUGGUGAACAGGUAAGAAUUAGCUAUUGUAGUCUGGACCAGCUAGAGCCACUGUCCGGAACACACUUCACUAUUCUAACUAGACUGUCACAUCAGCAUUGGCCAAGAGACCAUAACACAAGUGUAGGCUGCCUUUCUCAGUUAAAAGGAAAAUGAACAAAAAUGAGAGAACACCCAAGUGCCUAGUCAGGUAGAUAGGAAUCCUAUGUUACUCCUAAGCAAUGGGAAACUUCUUAUGCAACACCCAGAUUUUGCCAGUUUAAAAAUAAAAAUGAUUGGUAAGAUUGCUGCAUGCACUGCCUGUUUGUAGGAGCUAAAUUUCCUAAAAGCCAAAGCUUUCCAUUAUGAAAGGAAUAUACCAUAUCCUAAUUGCAAUGAAAAAUGCACUGUCCAUAUGACAUUGUAAGCUUUUGAGAAAUUUGCAUGUAAUAUACUAUGCUGGCAGGAAAGAACACUCAUUAGCAAUAUUUUCACUUUGACUCAGCUGGUAAUUAAACAGCAACUGGCAGGUCUUUUAAAAAACUGUAUUAACAGGUAGUAAAGUUAACCUUGAAGGGGAUUAAGAACAUCAGAAGAAAAGAGAAACCAAUGAGCCAGGGAAAGUAACACAAUAAUCUCCAAAGGUGAUGUCACGGCAGUCCUAACUUCAAAUAUUGCUAAACAUUGCUGGUGUUUCACAUGUACCCUGGUAGAGAGAUGCUUGCUUUGUGCUGGUAUGGCACAAGUUAACCCUUCUUUCAACCACCGAUUUAUUCUUCUUUAGAAGAAAGGGGAGUAACAGAGCAGUGACUGCUGGGGUAAGGAGUGUUACUGAAUAGCAAAUUGCUUUCCCCUUGCCCUCUUUUCGUAAAAUAGUAGGUGGAAGAAAUGGCAGCCAGAGAAUUUGGAUGUGAUGUAUUCCUGCUACUUAUAUUUUUCCAGCUGUUUUGUUCAUGUCUCGGGUGAUGUGGUUUUUCUACAGUAAUACUGGAGAUUCAGCCCUGCUUGAAUCAAAGUGUUCGUGAGUACGAUCAGACCCUGUCAUGAUGCUUGCACAGGCUAGAAGGCGAGAUCUGCCUAAUGCUCACCUUCAAUUCUUUUCAUAGGCUUUAAUUUGUGGAUGCUGCUUGGAACUCUCUUAAAGAAGAGUCUUUGCAUUACUCCUCCUUAUUGUUGGCACCCUUAGCAGCAUUCAACUUAAAAGGACUUUGUUGGCCUGCAGUUACAACAGGCCAUUUCCCUAAACUGCAGAACAUUCAGAACUGACU